AUGGCUGCUGGCGAUGUUAUCAAAAUACUCAGGUUCUCAUUUCCAUUCCUAGUCUCGUAUAGCAUCAAGCGCCUCCGCCAACGUAUCGUCGCCAUCUUCCACGGCUUGUCCUACAAGCCUGGACCCUCGCCAAAGAACAUCGUCAUCAUCGGUGGCUCUUUUGCCGGCAUAUUUCUAGCGAAACGACUUUGCGAUUCGCUUCCGAGCGGCUACAAAAUCAUCCUCAUCGAAAAGAAUACCCACUUUCACUUCCCAUUUGUCUUUCCGAGGUUCUCCGUAGUCGGCGGCCACGAAGCCAAGGCUUUCAUUCCGUACGAUGAAAUCCUCUACAGUGGGCGCAAAGGUGUACCAGAGGGAAUCUUUGAGAGAAGGUGCGAUGCGGUUGUCGAGGUGACGAGUGAUUCUGUCAGGCUUGCCUCUGGUGAAGCGAUUUCAUUCGAGUUCUUGGCUGUUGCAACAGGUACAUCCUCGCCGCGGCCGUCGAAACUUGUGAGCCCCGACAAGCACGGCGCUUGUGAUGAGCUGAGGGAUACUCAGGAGCAAGUACGGACUGCCGAGAGUAUUGCUGUGGUCGGGGGUGGGGCGGUUGGUGUGGAGCUUGUGACAGAUAUCAAGAGCUGGUAUCCUGAGAAAGACGUGACUCUGGUGCAUUCAAGGGACAGGCUGCUUCAUGGAUACGGGCCGAGGCUCCAUGAACGCGUAAUGGAGGAGAUGCGAAAGCUAGACAUCAAGGUCAAGCUAGGCCAGAGGCCGCGAAUCAUUGAUGACAACGACGAGAAGGCUGGGAAGAAUGCAACAUUGGUGUUCCCGGAUGGUCAAGCGGACAAAUUCGGCUUGGUGAUACCCUGCACUGGACAGGCACCAAAUACCGAGUUCAUGAGGAGCACCAUGUCUAAGUGCAUAUCGACCGAGACAGCAAGGAUCCUUGUUGCUCCAAGCCUGCAAAUCAAGUCCAAUGAAAGCACAGUCGACAAAAUGUUUGCCCUAGGAGACGUCGCCGAAAGCGGUGGGCCAAGGAUGGCUCGAGCUGCUGAGCUCCAGUCAUACAUUGUUGCAAGCAAUAUCGUCUCCUUGAUCAAAAGCGGGAAGGCCUCCAACACCUAUCGCCCAAUUACGGCAGUAGAAGGGGCAAUCAAGUUGACACUUGGGAAGUCCGCGAUAGCGCUGUACUCGGAAGACGAUAGCGGAGAUAAUGCUUUGAUUUCCGUGAAAGGCGGGCAUGAGGAUGGGGAUAUUAGACGAUGCUGGAAUCUCCUUGGGGCCAAAUAUGACAAAGAGGUUGCGGCAAGAGAGCAAUGA